UGUCGACACCGUGGGUCAUUGACGUCAGGCUGAAUGGAAGCAUGUCUCAGCCGUGAGGAGCUUCUGCUGACUCCACAUCUUUUCCCCAGUCUUGCGCAGCAGCGUGUGCGCCUCAGACACGGGAGGAGAGGAGACGAGGAGCCCGGGAAGGGAUGGACGUGGCCAUGCUGUGCACCAGGAGAACUAAAACUUUGGUGUCCACGUGCGUCAUCCUGAGCGGCAUGACCAACAUCGUGUGUCUGGUCUACGUGGGCUGGAUCAGCAACCACGUGUCCAACCGUCCUAAAGUUCAGCAGACAGUCGGCGAAGCGGCCAGAAAGUUGGAGGAGGACAGCAAGGGAGAGACGCACAGGAUGAUGGAGAGGCUGGACAGGCUGGAGGACGUCAUCAAUGAGCACAUCCAAGAUAAAGCAGCAAAGGAAAGUGAAGAUGCCCCAUCCUCGUCAUCCUCGCGCCACAGCGACUCACUCUUUGACCACUGGGGUCGUGACCUGGGCCCAGAAAGUCGCAGGGUUGCCCGUAAAAAGUUCCGCUAUUACGGCUACAACAGUUUCCUAAGUGAUCGGAUCUCCAUCACCCGACCCAUUCCGGAUUUUCGUCCAGACGGCUGUAAAACCAUGUGGUAUUCAUCUGACCUUCCUCAGCUGAGCAUCAUCUUCAUCUUCGUCAAUGAGGCCUUGUCCGUGUUGCUGCGUUCCGUAAACACGGCCAUCCAGAGGACACCGUCCCACUUACUCAAGGAAAUCAUAUUGGUGGACGACCACAGCAACAACCUGGAACUAAAAGAACACCUGCAGAGUUUUGUGGACGAGAUGAAUGCUCAACGAGGUCCAGAGUUCAUCAAAAUUGUCCAUCAUGAAAAACAAGAGGGACUGAUUCGGUCCAGAGUCAGCGGGUGGAGGAUCGCUUCAGCCCCCGUGGUUGCUCUGUUUGAUGCAAAUGUGGAGUUUAACACUGGAUGGGCAGAACCGGUUCUUCAGCGAAUAAAGGAGGACAGCACUCGAGUAGUGUCUCCGUCUUUUGACAACAUCAAAUAUGACACCUUUGAGAUUGAAGAGUAUCCAUUAUCUGCUCAGGGUUUUGAUUGGGAGCUUUGGUGUCGAUACCUCAACCCACCAAAGUCCUGGUGGACACAGCGCAACCACACCGCUCCUAUCAGGAGUCCUGCUCUCACUGCAUGCUUCGUGGUGGACAGAGAGUUCUUUGAGGGGAUUGGCCUACUCGACGAGGGGAUGGAAAUCUACGGUGGAGAAAAUGUGGAGCUUGGCAUAAGAGUAUGGCAGUGUGGGGGAAGUGUGGAGGUCCUGCCCUGCUCACGGGUGGCGCGCAUGGAGCGAGCGCACAAACCGUACACAGUCAACCUGACAGCUGUGGUGCGUCGCAAUGCCCUCAGAGUGGCUGAGGUGUGGAUGGACGAGUACAAGAGUCACGUUUACAUGGCCUGGAAUGUUCCGCUGCAGAACUUGGAAAUAAAUAUCGGGGACAUUCUGGAAAGAAAGGCUUUGCGAUCCAGACUCAAGUGUCAUCCGUUCAGCUGGUUUCUUGCCAACAUUUACCCCGAGCUACGCACCUACAGCGACAUCGUUGCUUAUGGAGUGUUAAAGAACAGUCUCAGGGAUGACUUGUGUUUGGACCAGGGACCGAGCAGCGACAAUAUUCCCAUCAUGCACGUCUGCCAUGGUUCGACAGCACAGAACGCGUACUACAGCAGCUCCCAGCAGCUUCACCUGGGAGGGUUGAGUCCAACCAUCGAUGACGCCGACAACAAGUGUCUGGUGGAGGUGAACAGCAAGCCCAGACUGCUGGAAUGCACGUACGCGGCCAGCAAGCACAUGAAGCUUAGCUGGACCUUCAUGCAGGAUGGGUCCAUCCAGAACAAAGAGUCCCAGCAUUGUCUGGAGAUGGUGGAAAGCGAUCAGCCCGAGUUGGGUUUCCAGUUGGUUAUUCAGGACUGCAGCGGACAAAAAUGGACCAUCACAAACGCGCUGAGUGUGCUUCCCCUGUGAACUCUUUUUGCUACACCAGAAAACUCUGUAAGCCAAUGCAAACACAAAGUGAUGAACAGAGUCACUGCUCUUCAGUUCUGGUUUGAAUAAGAGUUGAGUUCCCUAAUUAGUAUUUUUAGCACAGACUCAAAAGAGCAAAUGUUCACAGUUCAUUAAAUUAGUCAGUACCUCCAGGAUUUCAAAUUCGCGCCAAUUCACGCAAAUUCACGCAAAUUCAACCAAACCUCUGGCAAUAUAGGGAAUGUGUGGACACAUCGGGCGCAACACCCUUCACUUUACCAAGGAAAUGGGUCUGCUAAGCUCCGCUUUUGGGUCAGAAUGACGAAGCUACCGAUUUGUGACAAAAUGGUUGCUUUAUUAGUUUUGCAGAACACAACCGGAACUGUCCGUCACUUCUACUACUACUACUACUGGCACAGUGCAUGCACUACCACUCUCUCUCUCUUCACUCGCCCACUCCCUCACUGACGUCACUCACCCACCACAUUACCAUUCAAGCCAAGCAGCUGAGUUCAAACCGCCCACGGAACGUAAACUAAUGCAAGAUAAAUUACUGAAUUUUGUAACAAAUUCCUGCAAUUUGUGUUAUCUUUAACAAUGUGUUUUACCUCCUAUAUAUGUGUAUAUAUGUAUAUGUGUAUAUGUAUUUAUGUGUAUAUAUGUAUACAUAUAUGUAUGUGUAUAUAUGUAUACACAUUUGUAUGUGUAUAUAUGUAUGUGUAUAUAUGUAUGUGUAUAUAUGUGUUUAUGUAUGUAUAUAUGUAUGUGUAUAUGUGUGUAUAUGUAUGUAUAUAUGUAUUAAUGUAAAUAUGUAUAUGUGUAUAUAUGUGCAUAUAUGUAUAUAUGUGUAUGUAUGUGUAUAUAUGCAUAUAAAUAUAUAUGUAUGUUAAAGUACCAAUGAUUGUCACACACACACACUAGUUGUGGUGAGAUUAUCCUCUGCAUUUGAUAGAUAUUUAUAUAUGUAUUGUGUUAAUACACAUGUAUGUGUGUGUGUGUGUGUGUGUGUGUGUGUGUGUGUGUGUGUGUGUGUGUGUGUGUGUGUGUGUGUGUG